CCCCUCGUCUCGGAACUGUUCGGCAACUCCUACGUCAGAGCAAUUCAGAAGAUAAGGGUGGGGAUUGGAUGAACUGUUCGGCAACUCCUACGUGAGUACGAGCAAUUCAGAAGAGGGGGAAGGAAUCUCCUAUUUAUGUCUCACUACACCGUGUUCUUCACCUGAUUGCUUUUUCGCAACUUCUCUUUCUUUCCGCAAUUGCACAACCUUCAUCUGAAUUUCUGACUUAUACCUCCUACUCGAUAAUCACCAUGGGUUUCUUCGGUUUCGACGAAGCCAAAGAGGCACACUCCCAACUCUACGACGACGACGACAACACCAACCCAAAGUUCUCGCAUGAGCUUCUCGGCGGCGCCGCCGCCUUCGAGGCCAUGCAUAUGUGGGAGAAAGAACAGCGGCGCGAGGGUAGACCCGUCUCCCACGGCGUGGCCAAGGAGGCGCUUGCUGCCCUGGCCGGGGCGGAAGUCGAAAAGGUGAUUGAGCGGAAGGGUCUGGAGAGACAUGUGGACCGCGAGGAGGCGAGGAGGCAUGCCGAGGAGAAUGCUCGCGAGUUGUAUGAUCGGCAAUAUGGAGAGAGGGAGAUGUAUGAUCCAGGUUGCGAGAUGCAUGAGUCGAUGCGGGGCUAUGGCUAUUGA